AUGCUCUUUCAUGAAGGGCUGAGAGAUGAGCUUCGACGCAAGGUUCCCCACCCUAGGACUAAGGAAGAUAAGAACCGGGUGAAGUAUGUUCUGAUGGCAGCUCGCCAAGCAGAGGAAGAGAAGCAACCCCAAGAACAAGAGUCCGAACUCCUGUUCUUAGGGUUGCUUCUCUUCCUCUGCUUGGCGAGCUGCCAUCAGAACAUACUUCACCCGGUCCUUAUCUUCCUUAGUCCUAAGGUGGGGCACCUUGCGUCGAAGCUCAUCUCUCAGCCCUUCAUGAAAGGGCACUCCCAUAAGCUCCCAAUGACUCUGCGGCAAAAGCGAAAAUCCGGUGGUAUUCCAGCAACAUCCGUGGACCUUGUGCCACUCUGA